UUCACACACCGAGUCAAACCCCUCCGUUUUUCACUCUCAAGGGUUUUACGAGAUUUACUUCUCAUUCAAAUGGUGUACUGAUACAUCUCCUCGACACAACAAUGGCCGCAUCAAUAAGGAAAUCGAGAGGAACAUGGUCACGAAUACUCCUAAAAUCACCAUCCUUAAAAAACCCCAGCAUUCCUCACAAAAAUGUAUGCAGAAAAAUCCCAAAUUUUAGCCCCCAAAUUCAUCAUUUCCAAAUACCUAAAUCAAAUCUAUCAUUAUCUCAUUACAGAUUCAGUUCGUCUUUUGUUCCUUCUAGCGAUAGAAUAAUCCAAAAACUUCUAGAGGAGGCGGAGGCGGCGAAACAAAAAGAGAAAGAUGAGAAGAGAAAAGCUGGUGUGCUUGAUGAUAAUGAUGAUGUAGAAGAAGAAGAUUAUAUGAGCGUUGGUCCAAUGAUUGAGAAACUUGAAAAGCAAAAUGCUAAAGAGAAAGGGCCACUUGGGCAACAUGAAGAACCAACUGAUUCAGAAAGUGAAGUUGAUGAGAGAUGGGAACCUGAUGCUGUUCAGAAACGAUCCGAUGAAUUUGAAAAGAAAUGUAACCGUCAUGCUGAAUUGCUCACCAGCUUUGCUCAUUCUGAAACCCUUGACGAAGCUCACAACUGGAUGCAUAAAAUUGACCACUUUGAGCAAAAGCAUCUCCAACUUCCAUUUGAGUAUACCGUUAUAGGAGAGCUGAUGAACCGUUUGAAAGACGCGACUGGGAAGGAGAGGUUUAUGAUUCUUCAGAAACUGAAUAGAGCCAUGAGAAUGGUACAGUGGAAAGAGACUUAUGAUCCUAAUAAUCCUGCAAAUUCUGGAUUUAUUCAGCACGAUAAAGGACGAGGCAAUGCGGAUGUUUCUGUAGAGCAUUCAGGAGGAUUUGACAAAGAAAGGCAAUUGAUUAAAGGGUUUAUGGAUGACGAUGAGGAUAAAGAUUUCAUUGAUGAUAAGGAUGAUAUAUUGAUGGAGAAGCUCAAUGCCAUUGACAGCAAGCUUGAAGAGAAGUUAGCGGCAUUGGAUCAUACAUUUGGAAAGAAGGGGAGGGUUUUGGAGGAGGAGGUUAAAGAACUCGCAGAGGAGAGAAAUAGUUUAACUGAGGAGAAAAGAAGGCCACUUUACAGGAAAGGUUUUGAUACGCGAUUAGUUGAUAUGAACCGAACAUGUAAAGUAACUAAGGGUGGACAAAUUUUCAAGUACACAGCUAUGUUAGUUUGCGGGAACUAUAAUGGAGUCAUUGGUUUUGCAAAGGGAAAAGGUCCAGCGGCUCCCAUUGCACUUCAAAAGGCAUAUGAGAGAUGCUUCCAGAAUCUUCAUUAUGUAGAGCGACACGAGGAGCACACGAUUACACAUGCAGUGCAAACCGAGUAUAAGAAAACAAAGAUAUACCUAUGGCCCGCCCCUACCACAACAGGGAUUAAAGCCGGCAAAACUGUUGAACUCGUCCUAAAUCUAGCCGGUUUCAAAAAUGUCAAGUCAAAGGUUGUGGGAUCAAGAAACCCCCAAAACACGGUUAAGGCACUUUUUAAAGCUCUAAAUGCGAUUGAAACUCCCAAAGAUGUUCAAGAAAAGUUUGGCCGAGCCGUUGUUGAGUCACAUCUGCUAUAAGAAGAGGUAUUUUUACCAUUUUCUUCUUUACUUCCUCAGUGAACUGGAAGAGAUAACUGUGUCGAAACUAGGAACUAGGAACAAAAAAGUUAUUGAGUUGCAUAAAUAAUUUGCACAUUAUUUUUGUUGGUCAUUGUUUCUCGUUAUAUUUUCUGUUGGCAUGACGCAUACCAUAAUAAAGAUACACUUCAUAAGUGAACUGGUUGCCAGAUAUCUUUUGUCAGUAAUGCAUGAGAAAAUAUACAUACAUUGAUGAGAAAAUGAAAGGAAGUGCCAGGGACUGUUAAAGUUUUCAUUGCUUGUAAUGAUUUUUAUUUCUUCUUGGUGAAGUAUUCUUUGCUGGAAACUGAAUUAAAAAGGAACGAAAAGAACAAAUUUGAGUUAAGCUGUUAGAGCUUUUAUUAUUUGGGUCCCAAUGUUGUGUAGGUUUGAUGUUACAACUCACUUACUGUCUCUCACCUUCAACUUUAAGGGUUUAUUGUUGUCUUUUAAAAAACUUGAAUUUGUUUGGAGAUAAAGCUUCACAUGGUGAUGCAGGGCUUGUGUUA